GGUCGUUUGGGGACCUCGGUACUCUCUCGCCUGGGCUCCUGAUUGGGUGGUGGUGCUGCUGCUGGGUUUUGGGCCGAUUCCUCGUUCGAUUUUCGGUAAUAGGCGAGGCUCGCUGCUGCUCAGUUAGGGUUUCCUCGACUCCGAGGCGGGCUUCCUCGUUGUGAAAGGUCAGUCAUAUCUAAGAAAAAAAUUGCAAUUUUAGAAGAUGUCAUCAUAUCCAAUUCUCGGCAACCGGCCUAUUGACCAGUGGAAGGUUACAGAGUUGAAGGAAGAGCUUAAGAGACGGAAGUUGACUACAAGAGGUCUGAAGGAUGAUUUGGUAAAGCGAUUGUCUGAAGCAGUUAAUAUUGAAAGGGAAAAUGCUGAAAAAGAAAAGCAAGUGGAAACUGAAUUUAUGUCUGAUCCACAGCCUGAAAUUAUUGCUAAAGAUGGAACAGAUCCUGUUGCAUUUCAAAGUGCAAAAAGUGUGGACGAUGGUGAUAAAAAUAAUGAUGAGUUGGUUUUUAAUGAUGGUGAUGAUAGAAAUCGGAGAGAGGUUGAUGCUAAAGUUCAGAUUGAUAUCAAUGACAGUUUUCCAGUCCUAGAUCAACCUGCUCCAGAAGGGGAAAGUACAACUGUUGGUCAUUUGGGAAAAGGGGAGGAGGAGCUGGUUUUGGGGAAAGGGGAGGAGCUGGUUGUUCCUCCUAUUGUUGAAGCCAGCAUACCAAUCACUGUGACCAGUAUGCCCGAUGUGACAUCAAGUGACCAAGAUCUGCUAAAUCUUGAGACAAAGGAGGAGAACAGAAAUUCAAAGAUCGAGCUGGAGACUGAGCAUUUGAAGCCUCCGCAAGAGGAUGUCGUCCUCGAUUCACCUGCCCCAACCAACCAGGUAUCUGAGGUCAGCCCUUCUUUAGGGUUUCAAGUAAGAUCUGAUUCUAUUUCUGCUGAUUCUGUGUCAAUUAAUGAAACGAAUGAAUUUAAGGAUAAUAUAAUUGCUGAUAAUGUAAAAUUAGAGCUAGAUGUUAAGCCGGAGAUGGUGGAAGUGGAACCAUCGUCCAGCAAUGUCGUCCCAGUUGGUGGUGAAUCACGUCUUAUGGAUGUUGAUGAGCCACCUGAGAACAAGUUAGCUGUUGAGGUUAAAGAGGACAAUGAUGCUGCAAAUGCAGACAUGAACAAAAUCAGUGAGAUUACGGAUGUGGGGGACUCGGAAAAGUUAAAUUUAGAUCGAAGUUCAGGUGAUGAUUCACUGGACGAAGAUGUGUUGGAUAGUAAGCACGUUGACUCGAAGCCUGUCUCUGAUGAAGUUGGAGGUGGAAGUGAGAAAAAGGAAGUCACGCCUGUUAAGGAGGAAAGCCCUGUUGAUAUCAUGGGUGAUGCUGACACGAAGGAUGUCAGUGUGGAGAGAAAUGGUCAGCCUUUGCUUGCAGAGAAACGAAAGAUUCUUGAUCAAGGAGGCAACAGAAGUGCUGACCCUGCAAAGAGGCAGCGUAGGUGGAAAUCUGAGAGCCUCAAAGAUAUUGAACCACAGCGCUCAAAUGUUACACCUGUAACAACACCUAGGGAUGGAGCCCAGACCCAUUCCUUUAGGCCUACCUUCUCUAGAUCUAACUCUGCAGUUAGUGAUGACACGCCUAAGGAACGAACUGUUCCACCACCACAAAAACCUCCAACUACUUCCCUCAGAAUCGAUCGGUUUUUACGUCCCUUUACCCUGAAAGCUGUCCAAGAGCUUUUAGGAAAAACUGGUUCGGUUACCAGCUUCUGGAUGGACCAGAUUAAGACCCACUGCUUUGUUACGUAUUCCUCCGUCGAAGAAGCCAUCGAGACGCGAAAUGCUGUGUAUAACCUUCAAUGGCCCCCAAAUGGUGGACGCCAACUUGUGGCUGAGUUUGUUGACCCCCAAGAAGUAAAAGCACGGCUGGAGGCUCCUCCAACUCCAACACCUAAACCAGCUCCUCCACCAGAUUCAGCUCUGACCGCACCUAUUAAUAUCGGUCCGACUGCUGUUGCUCCACCGAUGGUGCAGCCCCAGCCUUCUCCCCGCCAACUGUCUCUUAGGCAGCAGCAGUUGCCUCCACCACCACCUCUUCCGCACCCACAAGCAAAGGCUUCGCAAGAAAGGGAUCGGCUCCCCCUCCCACCACCGCCUCCUCCACUUUCUGAGAAAGCCGACCCUACCAUCGUCACUCUAGAUGUUCUCUUCAAGAAGACCAAAGCCUCUCCCCGAAUUUACUACUUGCCAUUGUCCGAGGAUGAGGUUGCAGCCAAAUUAGCGGCACAGAGGAGAACCGGCCGGCAGUAGGGACUCUGCUGGCUUUGAGUUUUCAGUUAGUAGAAAUGUUUAAUCGUUGAACGAGCAUGGUAUUAUUUAGUUAGGUUUGUGCAGAUACCUAGGUGUUGGGACUUUCUAGGCCAGGGUUGUGCAUGAGGAUCUGAGUAUAUUGAAGUGGAUUCUCUGGAACACUUCUUCUUAUCUCGAAUCUUGUCGGGCCGCGUCGGAAUUCCUCUCGAGGGGUUUUUGAUAGCUCGAUUCGAUUCGAUUGGUUGUCUUCGAAUCUUUUGUUUCAGGUCAAAUGAGAAAUUCUAUGAAUCUCCGCUGUUGAGGAGUGAAAAAACUUCUAAAACAA